AUGUCAUCGAGGCCGCCCAAGCGUAUGCCUGUUAGUGUCGCUCCAAGGCCCAGAAGGAUACAGCCGAUGAGGAGAGCAGCCACUAUGAAUAAAUUCGACACAACGAAAAGAGUCGUUCCAGCGGCAACUUUCAUCCCACCGAAAAGGGUUGCCAUCGCAAAGAAAACAGCUCUAGUAAAAAACACCGUUACUACGAUGAAAACUUCAGAUCGAUCAGUCGAGUCCAAGAAGGUGCCGAAAAAGGAAACGAAAAUCGUGGAAAAAGAAAAAGAAAAACCCAAACCAAAAACUGAAGACUAUAAGCUGAAACCUACGGCUGAAGGACAUUACGAACUAAGCCCGGAAAUGUCUCGUGCAUUGGAUUCUGAGUUAGAACACAUAAUGAUUAAGGUGUGGCAAGAGUUCCCCGAUGAUCCAACUACGGAUGAAGAGAAACUUGUUUCUGAAAAGUUCAGAAAUGAAGCCGGUGACGAUCUAAGAAAUAUUUUAGGAUUAAGUGUGACAAAGCGACUGGUGAACCUGCACGGUUCUUUGUUUGUUAAGAUUCAAUUCAUGAAGCGGCCUGAGAGAGGUAGUUUAAGAGAAUUUAUCAAGAAAUAUAACUUCAUAACCUUCAAGCGCAUCGAUAAUGGAGUAAACAUGUUCGUAGCCCAACUGAGUAAUAUCGUUGAUUUUGAUCGCCUUUGCGCUCCUAAACAUGUUUAUUGUGGGCGAGACAGAGUAAAAGUGACACCGUGUUAUAGUUUUACGUACUGCCCGCCAAACUUGAGAACAAUUUUUAGCGACAGAUACGUAGAUGAGGAAAAGAGCAAAAACAUUGGUGCCGCAGAAAAUAAAACCGAGGCUACCGAGCAAACUGCUGAACAUAAUAAAACAGCAGAAACUAAUACAAAUGCGAAAGAAGAAAAAAUUGAAGCAAACGAAAAUAAAUCCUCAAAUACUAAAACUUCCGAUGUUAAAACUGAAACUGUCAUAAAAGCAACGGAGAUAAUAUCCCACCCAAAAGACGAUAUCAAAACAAUGGAAAAUCUAAAAACAAGCUCGAAAGAGAUGAUAGAAUCUAAAAGUGAAUAUACACAAGAUAAAAGCAAAAGUAUCCCUAAUAAACCUAAGGCAAAAGAACCAUCUUCAUCAAACGAUUCUAAAGAACAAACAAUCAAAAAACCAAAUUUAAAACAACCUGUACUGACAACAAAAGAAGUCAAAGAAAAUAAAAAUAUUGAUUUGAAAAAAAAUCUAGACGCUUUCAUGGAUUUUAACGAGGAAGAUCAAGAAGUUAUCUCAGAAUAUAAAUAUGAUGAUGACGAAGAAUUGGACGACAAGGACAUUCUUGCAUUAAUAUCUGAAGGAAUAGUUCUAGAUGAGUGUAGUGGUUCAGAGGUAGAGUGA